AUGCCGCCAAGAAUCAUCAUCGUGGGCGGGGUAGCUGGUGGAAUGUCAGCUGCAGCCCGAGCCCGCCGCUUGGAUGAGAAUGCUUCGAUUACUGUUCUUGAGCGAGGAUCUUUCGUGAGCUACGCAAAUUGUGGUGUCCCAUACGCCUUGGGGGGUGUUAUCGAAUCCGACAAAAGCUUGGUACUUCAAACAGAAGCUAGCUUGGAAGCGCGAUUCAACAUCGACAUACGGUUGCGGUCAGAACUCAUGGAAAUCAGCCCACAAAAGCAUGAAGUCAACAUACACGAUAUACAAAGCGAUACCUUCUACAAAAUGUGCUACGAUAGACUGAUUCUUGCCCAGGGAGCCCAAUCGGUUCGCCCUGCAAUCCCUGGCAUGAGUUUGGCACAGAUCUUCACGAUGCAAACGAUACCAGACUUGCAAAGGAUCCGAGAAUUCAUCGUGAAAAAUAGCUGCAAACGUGCAGCUAUUAUUGGAGGAGGAUUUAUAGGACUAGAAGCGGCGGAAAACCUACGCAAACUUGGACUUAACGUUUGCAUGAUUGAAAGUUCCAGCCACGUCUUUCCGCCCUUUGAUGACGACUUAGCAAGAAUUAUACACGAGGAAUUGGAAAAUCAUCAAGUUCAUCUGAUUACCAACAACACAGUAACAGAGAUACAAGAUGACCGAUCCUCUGUCAACCUUCAUCUUUCUGGGGGCCAACUCAUAUCUGCAGACGUCGUCAUUGUGGCAAUCGGUGUACGUGCGCGAUCAACUAUAGCCGAAACUGCCGGUCUUCAUGUUGGAAGAAGUGGAGUUUCUGUUAACAUCUUUAUGCAAACAUCUGAUCCAGAUAUAUAUGCUGUCGGAGACAUGGUUGAGGUCGAGAAUCGAAUUUCUCAUCAAGCUACGUCGUUGGCACUUGGGGGUCCGGCUAACAGACAAGGCCGUAUUGCUGCUGAUCACAUCUUUGGAGAGUCGACACCGUAUAGAGGGAAUGUUGGCACAUUUGUGUGCCAAAUAUUCAACCUCUCAGUUGCAAUUACAGGAUUUUCAGUCCAGCGCUUAAAGAGACUUGGUUUCCGUCCACUUUGGGUGACCGUCCACCCACUUGAUCAUGCCGGCUACUACCCUUCCGCGAGCCCAAUAACACUCCGGGUUGCUUUCGAACCUGGGACAGGCCGUCUUCUUGGAGCUCAAGCAGUUGGAAGUAAAGGUGUUGAUAAGCGCAUUGACGUCCUUUCGAUCGCACUGCAGGCCAAUAUGUCCAUCUUUGAUUUGGAACAUGUCGAAUUGGGUUAUGCGCCACCAUAUGGUUCGGCUAAAGAUCCUAUCAACAUGGCAGGAUUUGUCGGGAGCAACCUUCUCCACGGAAUAGUCGAAAUUGUGCACACCGAGAAGGUCCAAGCUCUAGAUGCUAGUUGGCAAAUUGUUGACGUCCGUUCUCCUGAUGAAUUCUCUCGAGGACAUAUUCCAUCUGCUCGCAAUAUUCCUUUGGAACAAGUGCGGCAGAAUGUCCAACAUUUACGGAAGGAAUCUCCAGUUCUGGUCUAUUGUUGGGUGGGAUAUCGUGGUUAUAUUGCCUACAGAAUACUACAACAAGCCGGCUUCAAAGUCGCAAAUCUGGACGGAGGCUUUAAGUCUGUUGUGCAAGGCGGCUUUGGAGAUUUGAUAAACACAGUCAGUCGAAAAGAAAAAAUUGUCCAGCAUCGAAAUUGA